UUCAAUAUCCUUUUAAAAAAAAAAUUCGCGUCUUCUAAAAAACAUGUUAUAACAUUUCGCGCGGACUAUAAUCGCGUUCCUUUUUUCUUUAAAAACUGAACAUUUAAAUUAAUGUACAUUAAACAGGUCAUUAUUCAAGGCUUUAAGUCUUAUAAAGACCAAACUACCAUUGAUCCAUUCAGUCCUAAACACAACGUCAUUGUUGGUCGAAAUGGUUCUGGUAAAAGUAAUUUCUUUGCCGCUAUUCGAUUUGUACUUGGUGACGCUUAUCAAAACUUGAGUAAAGAAGAAAGACAGUCCUUACUCCAUGAAGGUGUUGGUGCUGCUACUAUUUCUGCUUUUGUUGAAAUCAUCUUUGACAAUUCAGACAAUCGAUUCCCUACAGGAAAAGAUGAAGUUAUUUUGCGCAGAAGUAUUGGCUUAACCCUUGAUGAAUAUUCAUUAGACAGAAAAGCUAUCACAGAGUGCAGGCUUUUCUCGUGCAAAUCCUUAUUACAUCGUCCCUCAAGGUCGUAUUACUUCUUUAACUACUGCUAAAGAUGAGGAUCGUCUUAAGCUUCUCAAAGAAAUUGCUGGUACAAGAGUUUAUGAACAAAAGAGAGCUGAGAGUACUAAGCUUAUGCAAGAAACACGUAAGAACCAUCACAACUAUUUU